ACCAGCGGCGUUUUAGAUGAGUUCAAGGAGUGACUGCUCGUACCACACAAAGCCGGAGAGUGGAACCUGGUUGAUGAUUAACAGGCAGAUGUCAUUUAGGCCGCAGCGCCUUGCCGGCGAGCCGCAUUUCACUUCCUCCUCGCCAGCCUUCACUAUGAACGCCUGUCGCAACUCCAAGAUCAGAUGGCGCCGUCUUCCUUCUCAAGAUCCAAAGGGUCAGGGUCACCCGGGUUCGCCCCAAGGCCAAAGGCCGCCGCUGCUGCUGACCACCAGCAGCAUGGAAUGUCCGCCGUCGUGUCCAUUGACGAGUCAGCGAGAGCGACAUUGUCCAGUGUGCCUGCAGGUGGCCAGCUUCCCCGUGCAGACCAACUGCGGCCACUUAUUCUGCGGUAUGAGUGCACGGGCAGAUUGGAUUUAUUUAACGCUGCUUAGGUGUGAACCUCCAUGUUUGAUCGCCUAUUGGAGGCACGGGACAUGGUUGGAUGCGGUCAACUGCCCCCUCUGUAGACAAAAGGUUAGCGUCAUGUGUCAGUUGUUUAAUGAGAGCCGACCGGACCAGCAGUCCAAGGACGUUCUGGGCCAGAUAAGUGACUACAACAAACGCUAUUCUGGCGCGCCCAGACGGAUCCGAGACUACCUGUCAGACGCGCCCAUCCUCCUGCAGCUGGCAGUCCGUGGGUCAGGGACCCCGGGGGGUCUCGUGUGGCUCUUCUUCUUGCGGGUGGCAUUGUGUUGCGCGGGUACCGCCGUCUCCGUGGCCUACCCGCCAACACCAUCAGGUUCGCUGAAAACAUCCCCGACCCUCUGCGGCCUCUUGGGGCUGCUGGACGACCUGGUGGUGGUAGUCCUGCUCCUCUUGUGCGUCCUCAACGUCAAUCAUCAGAUGGCGCCGGGGAGAGGGCGCUCGGCCGGUGCCAGAGCUGUGGCCAGCUAGAACAUUCAAGCAUUUCCAAAACAUUAUAGACACUAAGUAAUCUGCAUUUUCCUAAUUUGGACUGAACAUCCCUGUAUAUAUAAUGUAUACUGUUUUUAAUGUGUCAAAUAAAAUAUUUAUUUUGUUUCUAUUAAAUCCAAAAUGUUUCUAAUACUUUCACAAUGGUUCCUAAAGUGAGGAAUGGCUUUGUGGAUGGAUUAUUAUUAUUGAAUUUCUUUGGAUUGUGGCAUUUUUUUAGACUCUUUAAGAUCUGUUGACUAACUUAAUUUUGUCAGAAAGGUUCUAAUUAGUUCACUUAUUGAUGGAACAGGCCUCGAAGUAAUCAGGCUUCAGUCUAUUCAGGUGAUCAGAG